GUUGUACGGUGCAUUUAACUGAGAGCCUCACCUAUUUCACUCGUCACUUCGCUGCAGCUACCAACUGGAUCGGUUCGUGUCAAGCAAAGUCUUCCAAACUUCUCAAAUCUCGACUCCUAACUUUAGCUUUUCGAUUCCAGUGCUGAAUCAAAAGACACAAUUCCAAGAUGGCCGAAAAGUACAGUCAACUGGUGAAAUCCUACCGUGAAGAUUACGGCAAAAAGAUGAAGAAGUACGACAUCCUGAAAGACCUCGACCUCUUCGUCCUGGACAACUCCAUCAGGGAGAGCACAGUCGGGCAGCUUCGUGGACACACCAUCGAGAAUAAAUGGAAGAUCUAUAACGAGGUGAAGAAGAUGGGCUUCAAGAACACCAUCGUCGCCUCCUUCUCUCAUAUGACAAGGGUGGACGACGUCUUCAUCAAACAACUCGUCGACAGAGGAGAAGACAAGGAUGGGCUUUUUGCUUUCUCCGAGAUCACUGAUGGUAUCAAAAAGAGAGUACCAGACACCGAGACUGUCCCCAUUGGAAUUGCCAAGCUGAAGCCAGUCGGUCUCUACUGUGUCAUCUUCGAGCUCGAUCUCAGCGACUUCGUCUACGACUUCAAGAAGUUCCCGAUGAGCAAGAUGACAGCCCUCCUCAAGAAGUGGAUCACCUGGUGCCACGACGAGCUCAACGAGAAGGCCAAGGUCUUCGUCAGCUUCCGUGACCUGCCAGACACCAUGCCCGACCACCCAGAGAGGCUCUUCGAGGUGGUGGAGUUCUUGGCGAAGCUUCCCCCUAGAGUCCGACCUUUCGGGUUGAUGUUUGAGGAGCCUCGUGGCUCGUCUCUGCCCGAGGAGUGCGGUAACUGGAGCCACUACAUACGCAAGGUGAUGGACGCCAACAACUGGAAAGCCAACCUGCUGGUUCAUGUCCAUGAGAAAUUUGGGUACUGCGACGCCACGGCCCUUGAGGUUUUGAUGAAUGGUGCCAAUGGUAUCUGGGCUAGUGUCUGCCUCGAAGGUGCUUCAAUGGGCAACGCACCGUCGUGCGUGACCUUGAUGAACCUCAUACGACUCGGCAACAAGAAGGUGCUUAAGAAGUUCAACUGCAACUAUCUCAGGCAGGCCGCAAUCGAGGUGACAAAGAUAACCACCGGAAAGGAACCGCACUCCAAGCAGCCGGUGUUCGGGUCCAGAGCUCUGGACUUCGUCUUCGAUCUGAGUCCGGAAGAGUUUGACCUAUCUGAGUUCUUCGGCGAGAAGGCUCCCGUGCGCAUGACCACCAUGGCCUCGCCAGAGAUGAUCCAAACGAAAUUGGUCAACGUCUUCGGAAAAGAUAAACAGUUCACUAUUAAGCGGGCUCAGAGGAUGAAGGAAGUCAUUCUGGAAGAUCUCCGAGCCAGCAGGAAGGAAGAGUACAUGAGCGAAGUUGGCCUGGCUCUGCUUUUUGACCGCUCCGGUGGUGAACUCACCGGCAAAAUGAGGGACGCCAUCAACGACAUGGAGCUGAACUCAGUCCACGCCAAGAACCUCCUUGAUCAGAUCAAGGUCAUAUGGGACGAGUGGGAUCUCAAGGACAAGGUCAAAGGCGAUAACAUGAUGGAGUACGACUCGUUCUACAACGGCUUCAUGGCGCCUUUCUUCUCCUGCUACCGCUGCUCUGACACCCGGAAGGCACUGGACGCCAUCGACAUGGACAACGACGGUCAGGUCGACUGGACCGAGUUCUUGGUGUACCUCAAGUGGGCCAUGCACCAGUACCCGAAGAUUCAGGAUACUGAUGAGCUGCUGGAUGUGACAUUCCGCAAAGGAAUCAUCCCCGCCAUGCGAGAUGGACAGAUCAAAAAGAGGGGAAAGAAGGGAAAGUAAAAUCACAACAAAACUAUACUGUGUACAACCUAUGCGAACAAAAAUGGUUAAACAUUUAAUCAACAGAGAGCCCCAAGCACAUCAAACCAUGAUUUUGAAAAUAGCACAAUCUGUUUUUAUUCUUUAGAAGGAAGAGACCACAUCGUGGCGAACAGCAUCAAUUUUUUUUUUUUUUUUUUUUUGGGGGGGGGGGUCAAUAAUGGUCUGCAUUGAGAUAAGCGUCAAUUUUGGUUGAACACUAUUUCUCCCACCUAUUGGUGACGGGUAGCCGAUUUUCUUCCAACGGAAUAUAGAUUAAUACAAGGUUAGUUCUUUUUUAAAGGGGGAUAUCAGUUUCAACCCUCAAUUCCCCUGGGUUGUUCAUCUCUAAUAGCUUAUAGUCUUUUCCACACUAUAGUUAUUUCUCUGGAAUUUUCUGGGAAACCUUUUUGUCGAUUUUUUUCACACUACAACAACAACAAACUCCCGGGGCUUUCCCGGGGAAUAACUUAUUCCCAGGAAAUAAUUAACCCUGCUCAUGGGCAGAGUAAUGGAGAUAACCUCGGGUAAAGCGGUUUUUUUUUUCUCUAAGAGACGAUCCUGCAUAUUCCUGGAAAAUAGUACCCCUGAAGUGAGCAAGUUGGGAUAGUGAGAACGGUUGCUUGGGUGAAGGUGGGGUUAUAAACUCCCGGGAGUUUCCCGAGAAAUGGCUCAGUAGUGUGAAGUUUUUUUUUUUUUUUAUCUCUUUUGGGCGAACUGGCAUUA